GGGCAGGCACAGUGGGGGUUGCUGCAUUGCAGCCUUCAUUUGGAAUCUAAUAUAUUAACAAUGGCGACUUCCAACCCCAGUAACAGUGGGAGCAGCGGCAGCAGUGCGGGUCCCGGGGUCCCAGGACAAUCCCAGCAGCACAGCACAGGGAGCAACAUGCAGGGCAAACGCAAAGCACUGAAGUUGAAUUUUGCCAGCCCAGCCUUUAAAUCUACUGCAAAGCUAACACUGAACACCACCAUUCAACCUGCACACGUGAUGACGAAACCAGAAGCCAUCAGAAACUUCGAGACAUCGUACCAAAAACAGGAAGUGCGGAUGGCUGUUGGGAAGACGUGCAAUGCGGUCGAGCAGGCAACAAAAAACCGGCUAGAGAGAUUGCGAACACACAGCAUUGAGUCGUCGGGAAAAUUAAAACUUUCUCCGGAACAACACUGGGACUUCACGGCAGAAGAUCUCGAGGACUUGGGUGAAAUUGGGAGAGGAGCGUAUGGAUCGGUCAACAAAAUGAUCCAUAAUCCAAGCGGACAGAUCAUGGCAGUGAAACGGAUUCGGUCUACAGUGGAUGAAAAGGAGCAGAAGCAGCUGUUAAUGGAUCUCGAUGUGGUUAUGCGGAGUAGUGACUGCCCGUAUAUCGUCCAGUUUUACGGGGCACUAUUCAGAGAAGGUGACUGCUGGAUCUGCAUGGAACUUAUGUCUACCUCGUUUGACAAGUUUUACAAAUAUGUAUAUAGCUCGUUAGAAGACGUUAUUCCAGAGGAGAUUUUAGGCAAAAUCACUUUAGCUACUGUGAAAGCAUUAAACCACUUAAAAGAAAACUUGAAAAUAAUCCACAGAGAUAUAAAACCUUCCAAUAUCCUUCUGGACAGGAAUGGAAAUAUUAAACUCUGUGACUUUGGAAUCAGCGGACAGUUGGUAGAUUCCAUUGCAAAGACCAGGGAUGCUGGGUGCAGACCGUACAUGGCACCGGAAAGGAUAGACCCCAGUGCGUCCAGACAGGGAUACGAUGUGAGGUCCGACGUGUGGAGUUUAGGAAUUACAUUGUACGAACUCGCCACAGGCCGAUUCCCGUACCCUAAAUGGAACAGCGUAUUUGAUCAGUUGACACAAGUAGUUAAAGGUGACCCACCUCAGCUAAGCAACUCGGAUGAACGAGAGUUUUCACCAAGCUUCAUCAACUUUGUCAAUCUGUGCCUUACAAAGGACGAGUCAAAAAGGCCAAAGUACAAAGAGCUUCUGAGACAUCCUUUCAUCAUGAUGUAUGAAGAGCGUACUGUGGACGUAGCUGGAUAUGUCACUAAAAUUCUGGAUCAAAUACCGGCAACUCCCAGCUCUCCGAUGUAUGUUGAUUGACCCCGCUGCCACACAAAACUCUAGCAAAAAGGGCUGCGAGCAAACAAACAAACAAAAAAAUAAUGGAGAGAGAGAUCCCACGACACUGUCUGUGUGAAUUUACUUUCUCGCUCCAGCACCACACGCAAUAAGAUCGGUGUUUUAUUCAUUUUUCCAUGGUGUCUGUAUGCUAUAGUCACAUGUAAAACGCAUCCCUUUUGUACAGCUGGUUAAGACACAGAAGAAAGACCUCAUUUUUGCUCUGUCCUGAUAAAUGGAACUUUGACUGGAAAGCUUCCUCUUCAGCAAUUUCUUCCACCUGUCCUAUUCAAAAGAAAGAGAAAAAAAAGGAGAAAAAAAAAAAAAAAAGACUGCACGGAUCACUAAAGAGGUUUUGCCUUCGUUAAAAGAGAGACCCUGCAUCAUCGUUCAAACUUUCCCAUUUCCUUGACUGGGCAAGGCAAAGAAUAUGAAUUAUAUAUAUAAAUAUAAAUAUAUAUUUUUUAUUAUUUUUAAAAAAAAUAAAAAAAAAAUUUCUUCACAAAGUGCAAUAGCGUAACCAUUUCUCCGCCAGGUGGUCUGUGACAGAUCAUAUUCUGAACGUUAUUUUUGUAGGCCCCCUGGCAGAGAAGGGUUUAAUUAUUUGAAAAUCUGUUCUGCUAUAUAGUUAUAUUAUGUUAUUGAGAGUGUUUGGUUGACUUUUUUUUUUUUUCAUUUUUUUUUUUUCAUUUUUUUUUUUUAAAGAAUCAUGUUAAAUAUAGUGAAUAUCUCUUUACCAAAAACAAAUUGUUGCAUUGAAGAAAUUGAACAUUAAAAUAUUAAGAGAUGGAAUAUAUAAGUUUAACCUUUUUUUAAUAUUUCCAAACAUAUGCAAUUUUUUUUUUCAUAUAAUUUCCAUUUUUUUCCAAUGUACACAGGGUUUUGUUAAUUAUUCAGUUCUUGUACUGACGUGUCUUAUUUUUUUUUUUAUUUUAUUUACAGGAAUUUAAGUAGAAUAUAUUUUUGGAAAACUAUUAAUUUAGUUUUUUUAAUAUAUAUAUAAAAAGGGCUUUAAAGAAAGGAAAUAUUGUAAGGGGUAGCUUGUCACAAAUAAAAUCAAUGGUCAAUCACAUGAUUUAAACGAU